GUGUGUGUGUGUGUGUUUGUGUGUGUGUAUGUGUGUGUGUGUGUGUGUGUGUGAUUGUAAAGAGGUGUAGGUGUAGAUGUAGAUGAGGUUGUGAUAGGACAGAGGAGUGGAUAGGAUAAGGUAGAGGAUAAAAUAGCGUAAUGUAGGGUUUGGUAGGGAUUUAGUAGAGGGUUUGGUAGGGGUGUUGGUGAGAUGUCACUCUUGCGUGUGAGUGGAACGGGGAUGCAAUUGGAGGCGAGACAUGACGGUUGCUCCGCCAGUCGACUCUUCUGGUGCGUCAGUUUCUUCAGAUAGUUGCAGAUUAUCACUACACACCAACAGCAAGUGAGUAAUGUAACUGUUAGACAUUCUUGUUAUGAAGUGCAAGGGGAUAGGAAGUGGAGAAAUGCCUCCUAGAGAAGGACAUGGGAUCGCAUGAAAGAGGAGGACCACGCAGUUUGUCAUCGCCAGGAAGCUGUUGUUUAGUUGUUUAUGACAUUAUUUCGAGAAAGCCGCUUACGGUAUUCUUGAAUAGUAAGGAGAAGGAGAAGUUGGAGAACUGAUUUUCAAUCAGCUACAGAUGACACAGAUACCCAGCUUUUGCUCGUUAGCUGUUGACGGAGUUAUUAUUGAGAAUGGCUCGUAGAUGAUGAUGGUACAACAAUAUGUAUGCCUGGUUGUCUGUAUGCCAGGCAAGCUGCAGAGAUGAUCAAGUGGAGCAUAUGGUGGCAGGCAGAAGUAUUGCACAGGGCUACAAAGCGUCUGGUUCUCGGCAAGUUGUGGGAGAUGGAGAUGGUGAAGUACAAUGGAGAGAAGUGCUGCCACACGCUAAGCUUUGUCUGGGAUCAUACAUAAGGGUAGAUGUUCCUGGUUGUGUAUACCAGGCAAGCUGGAGAUGAUCGAGUGGCGUAUAUGGUGGUGGGCGUGAGUUUCACAGAGUGGAAUGAAGUGUCUGAUUGUGUAAGUCAUGGGACAUGGAGGUGGGAGAUGGAGAUGGUGAACAGCAAGGUGGAGAUUAUCAAUUAGUGCAUAUAGUGGCAGGCGUUGAGUUUCCCACAGUGACAGUGGAACAAAGUGUUUGGUUCUGUAUCUCCUGGGACAUGGAGAUGGAGAUGGACAUGGAGAUGGGAGAUGGGAGAUGGGAGAUGGAGGUGGUGAAGUACAGUGGAUAGAAGUGCUUGCAUACAAGUUUUCUCUGGGAUUGUCUGAAUGCUGUAUGAAUACAUUUGGGAGUCGCGUGGAUGAAAGGCGUGGAAUGCUGCAGUGGAAGCAAGCCAGCAAAACUGCAGUUGCGUGGAUGAAGAAAAGUAGGAGGCACUGCCCUUUUGCCCUUUCCGGGCAGCUGUUGGUACGUGGAACCAGAUGGGAAGGAAGGCUUGAAUAAAAAAAGAAACCGAUGAUGGGGGGGAGGACAAGGGUAAGAGCACCCUGUGGGGUAUGGAUGAGGGUUUGGCCAAGAGGUAUGUUUUGCUAGGGCAGGUUCCCAGCGCUCGUCGUUUUUUUGUUUCUGCAAACUGAUCGACAGCAAGUUGUUAUUGUUAAGCUUCUUCCAAGACAGCCUGGUAAUGAUGGAGGUGAGGCGGUUUAGGAGGGGAAGCAUGCUUGCUAGUCCCAGGAUGCAUACCAUGAAGAUUAUUGAAGAGAUGUUUGCUCGCUAACCCGAGUGGGAAACGGGGGGAGGGGCCAGCAGGGAAGAGGCGUCUUCUCUCUUCAUGUGUGUGUGUGCACAUGGCCUUUAAAUUUGUGACCAAGCGUUUGCAGCUUUGCAUACUGUUUGGGCUGCUGAGGAGAUGAGAGAAGGCAUUCACCUUUCUACGUGCCUGCGAGGGCGAAGCCACUACUUUCUGCUCCCCUUCGAGUAUAUAUAUAUGUGUGUUGUCUCGGUGGCAUCAAGGGAUGGUGGCGGAUUCACACGGGUAAGAGGUCCUUAUUGUUGCUGUGUCUCAGAUUACGAGUUCUUUGUUUGUCCUUCAUGGAAAGUUUUUAUCGUCAGGUUCAUUUUGAACCCAUUCUUCAAUUUUCAGUCUUAGGCAAAAGCCUUUUGCUUUUCCUUCCCUCCCUCCCCCCCCCCCCCCCUCCCCCCCCCUUUUUUGUUUUGGUGGAAGGGUAUCCUGUGUCCGCCAGUCUUGUGUUUGAUUGUAAUUCUUCGGCUUCCGUAGGACUUUUCAAGCGUUUUGCAGUCAAUUUGCUCCUUCUCCCUCCCCCUGCAGUAAAUUUGCUCCUUCUCCCUCCCCCUGCAGUAAAUUUGCUCCUCCCUACCCCUGCCUUUGUGCUCGGUUACGCUCCAUCGGCAAGGUUUGUGAAACCCACUGAGGGUAUCUCAACCAUGCCAUUGAACCAUUGCAUCUUAGUCGUCGUUGUCCACGAUGAAAUUGUGAUGCCAACAGUCAGUCACCAUUUAACUGAAUCAAGUGAGCAACAAGGUAAGGCUGAUGAGUUGGAGGCAUGUGAUCCACUGACAAAAGCGGAGGCAUCGGAUUAUUAUUGGGGUCUUGGACGUCGCAAAUGCGUGUGUAUAGUAUGGCGAACAUCCGAGUCGAGUUCCUGAUUGUUCAUCCCACAUAUUUCGCUCUCAGUUCUUCUUCUUCUUCUUCAUCUUGCCUCGCCUUAAUGGAUGACGAUAGCUGCUAGGGCCUAGCAAUGUUCCAUCAGCUUCAAGACAAAAGAGCGAAAGUGUGUGUAUAAUCCAAAACCAUGGAUGGUCCCAGAACGUGCAUCUUUCCUCCCUUUCUGCUGAGUCAUUUAUGCACACCUUUUAGUGCACAGGUUGAUGCUGGACUUUGAAACCUCCUGUUGGACAAAAUUAUCGAGCGCCCCUUUUAGAAACUGAUGGAUAUCGUGUGAAGCGUGUUUCCGCUGA